AUGAUUCUAUCACUAUUUUUGAGCAUUUUCGCUUUGAGCUUCUUUGGACAACAAGUUGCAGCUGCUGCUGUUCAACAACAGGUUUGUUAUGAGAAUUUUUGGAGGGAGAGGGGUUGAGAGGGAAAAUGAAUUUUUCAAAAAUUUUAAUUUUCAAUCCUGUGUGUCCCUAAAGAGCCCCUAAAGAUCCCUAAAGGUCCCUAAAAAGCCCACCAUUUAAAUUUUGAAAAAAUAUUUUCGAAAAAUCUUAUUCAAAAAUAUUUUCAUUCCCACGAACUUUUUGUUUUUAUCAAAAUCCAGUACGUGUGAAAAUAAGUUCUCCGAAAAUUAAUUAUUUUUCGCGGGUGAUUUAUCUUUUUCCUACAUGACAUAACCAAUUUAUCAUAAAUUCUCGUGACGAAUAAAUUAUGAUAUAAUUUUUUGUGAACUUUACUUUCGAAAAUUUCUCGGAGAAUUCCAAUUUUUCCAAAAAAAAAUCCAAUAAAAGUACUACUAAAUACAUAUAUUUUAUGUGUUUUUCAAUUAGCAAAGCUUUAUUUUAUUUUUUGUUGGGACUAAAUAAAUAUUGUCAAAAUUGCAAAAAUAAAAUAAAAUAACAAAAACAGGGAAAAGAGAUCUGAUGUUCGAUGCGCAAGAAAAAAGAAACAUCGCGUAAUUUGUGACACAAAAGUAAUAAAACCAGAAGGCCAAAUUUAAUCAGCGUUUGUGUUUUUUGGUGCGAAUUAGCGCUUUCUGGUCUCCAAGGAACAAUUCUUUGACCUCAAACACCUGUGUAAUCUAAAACUCAUUUAGUUUCCGGCGGGAAUUUAGAAAAAAAAUGGAACAAAAAAAUUCUGUUAUUGAAUUUUGUUUGUUUUCGCUUUGCCGGGAACUCGAUUUAGUAUAUAUAUGUAUAACAAAGAAAAUAUCUAGAAAUGACGUUGGGAAUCCAAAAAUUUUCCAGCCAUCAUAUCAAUUCGAGCCAGCGAUUCAAUACGAGCUCUUCAACAAAAGAGCUGAUGGUUAUGGAUGGAAUGACUGUGAAUUUUCGCCGAUGAGUUGUCUUUUGAGAAGAAGACGAUCGAUUCAAUAA